CUCAGUGUGGUCAUGUCUGUUCAGGAGACAGUCUACUCCGAGGGCACUCUCACUUUAAUCGAAAGCAGAGGGACAGCGAGUGAAUAAUCAACACCGCCGUAUGGCACACCCAACCCAUCAUAUCUUUUUGUGGAAAAUUUUAAACUAAAGCCUGUGAGAGUAGGUUAAAAGCUUUUGUAAAGAGUGCACUGUUUAGAGGAGGAUACCCAGAUCCACGCGCAGCGCGUUAUUGGCCAUGGAGACCUUUACGCGCUACAGAUAACAAGUCUUUGUGAAACAAAGACAACAAAGUAAUGGAUCAAAACUGCAAGUGAUUUUUGUUCAUACUCUGAUAAAGUUAUGGCCGCGCUACGGAGGAAAUUUGGGGAGGACUAUCAGGUAGUGAAUACAAACCGAGACACCGCCGCUUUUACCGCACCUGUCAAAAAGAAACGCCAGCGGUUCGUGGAGAAGAACGGUCGUUGCAACGUGCAGCACGGGAACCUCGGCGGGGAGACCAGCCGAUACAUCUCCGACCUCUUCACCACCUUGGUGGACCUCAAGUGGCGAUGGAACUUACUUAUCUUUGUUCUGACCUAUACAGUAGCAUGGCUGGUCAUGGCUUCUAUGUGGUGGAUCAUCGCCUACAUCAGAGGGGACAUAAACCAUGGUCACGACUCGUCCUACACCCCCUGCGUUGCCAACGUUUACAACUUCCCCUCUGCUUUCCUAUUCUUCAUAGAGACCGAGGCCACCAUCGGCUACGGCUACCGCUACAUAACGGAGAAAUGUCCAGAGGGCAUCAUUCUCUUCUUGUUCCAGUCGCUGCUGGGGUCUAUCGUGGACGCCUUUCUGAUCGGCUGCAUGUUCAUUAAAAUGUCCCAGCCUAAGAAGCGCGCGGAGACGCUUAUGUUUAGCCAGGACUCAGUGAUCUCGCAGCGCGACGGGAAACUGUGCCUCAUGUUCCGCGUGGGCAACUUGCGAAACAGCCAUAUGGUGUCUGCGCAGAUCAGGUGCAAACUCAUAAAGUCUCGUCAGACCCCGGAGGGAGAGUUCCUACCCCUGGACCAGUGUGAGCUGGAUGUGGGUUUUGGGACGGGUGCGGACCAGCUCUUCCUAGUGUCACCUCUCACCAUCUGCCAUGAGAUCAAUCCUAAGAGCCCUUUCUUUGACCUGUCCCAGCGAUCCCUCAUGAACGAGCAGUUUGAGAUUGUUGUCAUCCUGGAGGGCAUUGUGGAGACCACAGGUAUGACGUGUCAGGCGCGGACGUCGUACACGGAGGAUGAGGUGUUGUGGGGCCACCGCUUCCUGCCCGUCAUGUCUCUGGAGGAGGGAUUCUUCAGGGUGGACUACUCCCAGUUCCACAGCACUUUCGAGGUCAACACCCCACCCUACAGCGUCAAGGAUCACGACGAGAAGUCCUCCCUGCCUUCACCCCUCUCCACCCCCACGCUGGGCGAGAACCACGGGCACGCCCGACGUGCCCGGGUCUUCUCUGUGGACUGCAUCAACACUACGGACCGAGAGGAGCGGGCAGGGCAGUCCAGGCUGCCCAGUAAGCUUCAGAGGAUGAGCUCGUCUGGGAAGGAGGACCUACAGAGGAAGGUUCUGAUGCUGAGCUCCCAGCACUCCGAGAAGGCCUGCAGUACUGGAGACCUGCCUCUCAAGUUGCAGCGUCUCAGCUCCUCCCCCGGUCCAGAGGCUGCAGCUCGGCUGCAGCUCAAGGCCUUGAAACUGGGCUUUGAACCCAUGACCCAGUCCACUGGAGACCUGCAGCUGCCCCCCACCCCAGCCCCUGUCCCCGCCCGCAUCCACACCCCUUUGCCCUCAGGAGGGGGCCGACCAGAGGACAACCUGCCUGCCAAAUUACGCAGGAUGAAUGCUGACCGCUGAGGUCAUCAUGACCAGACUUUGCAUGCAUACCAAAUGGAACCCUAGUCUCUAUUUACUGCACUACUUUAGAACAGGGCCCAUAUGGGGCUCUGGUCAACAGUAAUGCCCUAUGUAGGGAAUAGGGUGUUAUUUGGGACACAUCCCCAGAGUCUAACUUCUCUUUGACCACACAUCAAACUAUGGAGAGAGGGAAAAUGGAAUGUGACUGAAAGACAAUGAUAUGGAAGGGAAAAAUAACUGAUGGAUGGUGUGUCACUAUUUCUGUUUUUUCAAACACAAUCUUUACUGGAAUUACUGUGAUUUUUGGGUGUUUUAUAGCAACAGUGUUCGUACUGGUCAAACACACACACACACACACACACACACACACACACACACACACACACACACACACACACACACACACACACACACACACACACACACACACACACACACACACACACACACACACACACACACACACACACACACACACACACACACACACACACACACACACACACACACACACUAAUCUAUCAUCACACACACUCUAAAGAAUUGUGCAUGUAUACAAUCAAUCCAUCUGAAUGCACUACAUACCCCCUCUCUUAGUUUUAAACAAAUAAAAUAUAUUUAAGAUGAUAA